AUGUCGAUGCAGAGAGACAAGACAGCACAAACGACGCCCCAGGCCUGCGGGGAGAACGAGACAUGGAAGGAGUGCGUGAGCAGCACCUGCGCUGAAGGCACGUGUGAAAAACCCGUCGUGGGACCCGCGUGCUCUGCUGACUGCCGCUUUGGCUGCUUCUGCGCCGACGGCUUCUACCGUCACCUAGGGCAUUGCGUCCGUCUGGAUGAGUUACUUCCAUGCCCACUGAGCGGGGGCGGAGGAGGCGAGCUGCUUAAGAAGCCCUCUUGCGAUGCAUACGGCGAUGUGGAAGACCAGGUUAUGAAUGAAGGACACUGGCUCGGUCCCUGUAGGAAAGUAGCCAUCAUGCAGCUGAAGGUACUGGUACUGUUGGCAGGCGUCAUUGCACUUGCGUGUGCACAAAGGACGCCCAUGAGCUGCGGUGAGAACGAGACAUGGAAGGCGUGCGUGAGCAGCAGCUGCGCUGAAGGCACGUGCCGGAAGCCCGUCGUGGGACCACAGUGCACUCUUGACUGCAACUUUGGCUGCUACUGCGCCGAAGGCUUCUACCGGCAACCAGGGCGUUGCAUCCCUCUGGAGGAGUGCCCCAAUCGUUAG